CAGUUUUAUUGCGACUGGCAGCCAUGUUGCUCGUAUUGCUGGCGCUGUGCGCGUGCGCCGCCGCCCGACCGCACAUCGUUAUUAUCGUGGCUGAUGAUCUUGGAUGGAAUGACGUGGGCUUCCACGGCUCCAACCAGGUGCCAACGCCGAGCCUGGACGCCCUGGCCUACUCCGGGGUGCUGCUCCACAACUACUACGUGUCGCCCAUAUGUACGCCAUCGCGGGCCGCGCUCAUGACCGGGAAAUAUCCCAUACACACCGGCAUGCAGCACGGAGUGAUAUACGGCAUGGAGCCGCGAGGGCUUCCGCUGUCAGAAACAUUGCUGCCCCAACACCUGCAGAAGCUGGGGUAUCGCACGCACCUGGUCGGCAAGUGGCAUCUCGGGCAUUACAAGAAGGAAUACCUGCCUUUGAAUAGAGGGUUCGAGAGUCACACCGGGUUCUGGACGGGCAGGAUCGAUCUGUACGACCACACGUCAAUGGAGCACGACACGUGGGGCACCGACUUCAGACGCGGUAUGCAAGUGGCACACGAUUUGUUUGGAAAAUAUGCCACAGACAUCUACACAGACGAAGCUAUUAAGGUGAUCACAGCUCAUAACAAAAGCGAGCCGCUGUUCCUAAUGGUGGCGCACUCUGCCAUGCACAGCGGGAACCCCAACGAGUUCAUUCGGGCGCCCGACAGCGAGAUCGAGAGGUUCAAACACAUCGAGAAUUACCAGAGGAGAAAGUUUGCUGCUGUAUUAUCGAAGCUGGAUCAGUCCGUGGGUAAAGUGGUGGAGUCCCUUCACGGGGCGGGCCUGCUGAACGACACGAUCAUCUUGUUCACUACCGACAACGGCGGGCCCGCGGCCGGCUUCAAUGACAACGCUGCCUCCAACUACCCUCUGCGGGGGGUGAAAGCUACGUUAUGGGAAGGCGGCGUGCGGGGCGCCGGGCUGCUAUGGAGCCCCCUGCUGCAGGCGCGGGCUCGCGUGGCGCGCCAGCUGGUACACAUCGCUGAUUGGCUGCCUUCACUCAUCAGCGCGGCGGGUGGUGAUGCGAGCUUAUUGGAGAACAUCGACGGCCUAGAUUUGUGGCAGGAGUUGUGCAAGGACCAGCCGUCUAAGAGGACCUCCGUGGUCCACAACAUCGACAACAAAGACGGAAGCGCCAUCACUAUGAAUCAUUGGAAACUACAUACAGGAACAUCAUACAACGGUGCAUGGGACUCGUGGUACGGGCCGGCCGGCCGGAAUGGCUCAUACGACCUAGACGCGGUGUUCGGGGGGACGGUCGGCACUAUCCUCGGCAAGAUGGACCUCAUGCCGACGAGGGAGAAAGCUGGUCUACUUAGGAAAGCUGCCACUAUACAAUGUAGCAGCGAUCCAGAAGUGGCGUGUAAGCCGCUGCUGAAUCCAUGCCUCUUCAACAUACGAGAUGAUCCCUGCGAACGGGUCAACUUGGCCAGCAAAAAUCCCCAAAUCGUCCAAAGACUUCAAGAGGAACUUCGCAUCUUGAAUCAGUCGGUCGUGCCCCCGAACAAUAAGCCAGACGACCCGCGCGGAGACCCCAAGUUCUGGGGUCGAGUGUUCACUAACUUCGGGGACUACGAGAUAGGCAACGGUUCCCAGUGUUUAUGAAACUGUCUUUCG